AUUUUUUUUUAUUGUUGCUCUUAAGUUUUUGUUGAUACCUUGAUGAGGAUUCAGUCCUUGAUUUUUGCCCGAUGAUGAAGCAGGCGGUCUCGUUUCUUCUGCUGCUGGGCAUUCUUCUGGAAACAUCUGGUGUAGCUGGCCUCCAGCUCCGGUUCAUGCCCGAUCCACCAAUGCUCAACAUCUACGGCACCCACCGGAUGAACAAAUCCGACAACCUUGACCUAACAUGCAGAGGUCGGCAGCGCCUGGUGUGGUCCAACCCUCCUGUGAGCGCGCGCCUCUCCACCAGCGACUGCAGCGGAUCAGGACUUUUCUGCACGACCCUGACCAUCACCAACGCAACCGUGAAUGAAACCGGACAGUAUCGUUGUUACUAUAAAGACCUGAAAGUUGAAGACGGCAAGACGGCAGCAGCGGUUUAUGUCUUCGUCCAUGACUCCAAGGUACCAUUCGUGCCCUCUGAAAAGGAAUAUGAGGUAGUCUUCAUUCGCGAAGGCGAGCGGGUGGUGAUACCCUGCCGAGGCUCGGUGGAGAAUCUCAACGUCACGCUCAACACUAAGUAUCCAGUCAAGGAGAUCCAUCCAGAUGGGAAGGAAUCCGUCUGGGAUCCCAAGAGGGGUUUCAUCUUACCGACCCAUCUGAUAAGCUACGCCGGAGUCGUGUCCUGCCAGACUCGGAUUGGAAAUGAGAUAUUCAAGUCCCCGCUCUACAUCGUGGCUGUUGUUGGAUACAAGAUUUAUCACCUCACCCUGACCCCCGCUCACCAGAGGCUGUCUGUGGGGGAGAGGCUGGUGCUAACGUGCACGGCCCGCACGGAGCUCAACGUGGGCAUCGAGUUCAACUGGACACACUCCGGAGGGGUCCUGAGCUCAGACGGCGGUUUCCACACCGUACCCAACAAGAAGAAGCUGUGGGACUCUCUGGAUCUGUCCAACACGCUGAUAGUGGAGAACGUCACGGUGGAUCACUCUGGAGAUUAUACCUGCACGGUUUCCAGUGGGCAGAUGGAGAAAAGCGCCUCAGCGUAUGUUACAGUUUUCGAAAUGCCCUUCAUUGAUAUGACUGAACAAUGGCCAGAGGUGUGGGAAGUGAACGUGGGCGAUCAAACACCCACAGAGAUCCCUGUCAGGUACUCGGCCUACCCUGAUCCCAACUUGAAAUGGUUGAAAGACGGCCAAGCUCUUGCCAAGGAUAACUACAGAAUAAAACACAAAGGCGACCUCCUCAUCAUCCGUGGCGCCGCUGAGGACGAUGCAGGGACCUACACCGUGGUUCUCACCAACAAGAUCACGAAACAGGAAGAGAAACGCUCCUUCAAGCUGCAGGUCAAUGUGCCUCCUAAGAUAAUCGAGAAAGGGAGCGGCUACAGCGACGAGUACGAGUAUGGCAAAAGCACCACCCUGUGGUGCACCGCCCGCGGCAUUCCCACACCGGAGUACAUCCAGUGGCAGUGGAUGUCCAAGGAAGACUGUCCCUGGGCCUUCUUACCAGGACUGAACAACACUGAGGAGCUGCUGAGGAACUGCACAGCCUGGAAAAAUGUCUCCAUCGGCGGCGGCGUUCGCGACCACGUAGAAGUCACCGACCGCGUCGAUCGAACUCAAAAUAAAUUUAUCAGUGCGUUGAAGAUUCAGAAAGCUGAGACUCAUGCCCUCUACAGAUGCAAGACUGCCAACAAAGUAGGAAGGGAUUCAAGGAACAUCUUUUUCCGUGUCACACGUGACCUGGAGGUGAGCAUGUCUCCCUCCGAUAAGCCUAUGAAGCAGGACGACGUGGUCCUGCGGUGUAAAGCGGACAAUCUGCUGUACGACCAACUGGCCUGGUUCCGGGUCACUAACCUGUCCCCAUCAGAGCUGGCCGAGUCCACCCGGCCCUGCCACUCGCUGACUCUGCAGCCCCUGCCGCAGGCCGUGCUGUCCAAUCUCCAGGGCAACAUCACCCUGGACCUGAAGCUGCCCAACGCAUCCCGUCAGGAUGAGGGCCUCUACGCCUGCCAGGUGAAGAACAUCAAGUCGGCAAAGAGCACCUGCAUUCUCCGCCAUCUGUUCCUCAAAGAUCUCGAGGCUGCAAGAAUACGUAACAAUUUCACCGACCAAAAGGUCAACGUGAGUGCGACCAUCACCCUUCACUGUGACGCCGUUGGGACGCCAAACCCGACAGUAGUGUGGACCAAAAACAACCACACGGUGGAGAAGGGCUCAGGUGUGAUUCUGCAACAAAACAACCUGAUGAUUCAGCGCGUGAAGAAGGAGGACGGCGGUCUGUACACGUGUGCGGCAUGCAACAGCCGUGGCUGUGAUACCGCACAGGCCUAUCUGAGUGUUGAAGGUGCAGAGGAGAAGACUAACGUGGAGCUGAUUGUUCCCAUUGGCUCGGUGGUCAUAGCCAUGUUUUUCUGGCUUUUGAUCGUCUUCGUCAUCCGUGGGCGAAAGAGACCAACUAGAGACCUGAAGACCGGCUACCUGUCCAUGAUCCUGGACUCGGAGGACAUGCCCAUGGACGAGCAGUGUGAGAGGCUCACAUACGACGCGAACAAAUGGGAAUUUCCUCGAGACAGGCUGAAGCUCGGUGAACCUCUGGGACGAGGGGCAUUUGGUCAAGUUGUAGAAGCAGCCGCCUUUGGCAUUGAGAAAGCUACUACAUGCACCACUGUAGCAGUCAAGAUGCUGAAAGAGGGAGCUACAACCAGUGAAUAUCGCGCCUUGAUGUCAGAGCUAAAGAUUCUCAUCCACAUUGGACAUCAUCUCAAUGUGGUCAACCUGCUGGGAGCUUGCACCAAGCCCGGGGGACCGCUGAUGGUGAUUGUUGAAUAUUGUAAACAUGGAAAUCUAUCCAGCUACCUGAAGAGCAAGCGUGGCGAGUACAGCCCUUACAAGAGAAAGCGAGCCAGUAGCCGGAGGUGGGCGCCUGCUGAUGAGGAUGUGACUGGAGGGGAUCUGGGUUUGGGGGAAGUGGCCCAGCUGGACAUCUGCACGGGAACGGCCGAAGACAAAGCUUCAUGCGCCAGCGGUGACCCUAACCGAGAGAGCUCGGUUGACGACCAUCUCACAAUGGAGGACCUGAUAAGCUACAGCUUCCAAGUCGCCAAAGGAAUGGAGUUCCUGUCUUCUCGAAAGUGCAUUCACAGGGACCUAGCAGCCAGAAACAUUCUGCUCUCAGAGAAUAACGUGGUGAAAAUAUGCGACUUUGGUCUUGCUAGAGAUGUCUACAAAGACCCAGACUAUGUUCGCAAGGGAGAUGCCCGCCUCCCUCUAAAGUGGAUGGCUCCUGAGACCAUUUUUGACCGAGUCUAUACAACUCAAAGUGACGUUUGGUCCUUUGGAGUUCUGCUCUGGGAGAUCUUUUCCUUGGGGGCUUCUCCCUAUCCGGGUGUUUGCAUCGACGAGUCUUUCUGCAGGAGGCUCAAGGAAGGCACAAGGAUGAGACCUCCAGAAUAUGCCACCACCGAAAUAUACCAGACCAUGUUGGACUGCUGGAUGGAUCGGCCUACAGACAGGCCCACGUUUGCAGAACUGGUCGAACAUUUGGGAAAUCUACUACAAGCCAGUGCACAACAGGAUGGGAAGGAUUAUAUCCCCCUGACAGCCGGCGAAGCAGAAGGAUGCCUACUGUCCUCUGAGCCAAAGAGUCCCUACGGCUGCCCUCAAAAUGGGGAAACCCUGGAAACCCACUACGACAUCCCAUCAUCCCUUGGGCUGUCCCAGCAGAGCAAGAGAUGCAGUCGGUCUCUCAGUGUCAAGACAUUUGAAGACAUUCCUCUGGCGCACAGCAGCGUCAUGGAGGGUCACACGGACAGUGGGAUGGGCUUCUCUCCAGAGGAAGUAAAGUGUUUAAAUCAACAGCUCCCAACUACACCCAAUUUCAGCCAAUUGCUCCGCUGCAAAAGCAAAGAGUCCGUGGCGUCCGAGUCAUCCAAUCAGACGAGCGGAUAUCAGUCAGGGUACCACUCUGACGACACAGACACUCCAAUCUAUGCAAACGAGGAGGUCAUCAUGAAGCACAACAUGCUGAAGAAGCCUCCGCUGCCCAAGAUGGCGGACAAGUUCAGCGCCGAGAUCCGCUACAGCACGCCGCCUGUCUGACCCUGUGCGCUCCUCACCUGUUAGACCUCGAGUUCCCUCGCUGUAUAGAAUAUUUAUCCUUUUCAUGAGUAUUGCAGUCAAGGAUCGAUGACAGAAGACAUGUCUGGAAUUGCAGUGGCGUUGGGGCUUUCUGGGAAACGCAGCAAGUCAGAACGGAACAAGGACGGUUGUAUGAUAAGAUUUUCUUCGUCUCUCUUUGGACAACCGGAGGAAUGGACAUUUCUGGACACGCCCACUUCCUGACGCACAAUCCACAAACUUCCUCUACUGCAGGAUGUGUAUCUGGCAUUUUAGAUAAAUAAGUCAGGAAGUUUCUUUUUUUUUUUUUUCCUCCUUUCUUUCGUACCGUAAACUUUAUUUUGUCCGCACAUUGAAUGGCCAGUUCUCACAUCAGCGUUUUUUGGAGCACAUUUGUACAUUUCUAUUAUUCACUUUCCUUUCAGUACUUUUAUUAAAAGCAGAUGACUAAACCUAAAUUUAUUGUAACUAGUUUUAUAAAAAUUAAAAUACUCACCACCUGC